AUGGCGAAUAAAAGGCGAAAGGAUUCUAACGCAAGCCCCUCUUACAAUUCACGCCCCGAGUUUUCCUUAAAGAGCUUAUCUGCUGCCGGUGGGAUUGAGGCCGCGAUAAGGGCUUUGGUUUUGGGAUACGAAGGUGAUGAUGAACUUCGAAUUCGUUGGGACGUCGAAAUUCUUUCCCGUGAGCUCACACGAGCCCCGGACGUUCUAGUUGUUUUAUUAUCGAGUAAUCAUGAUAUGCGUUCCUUCUUUUCCGGAUGGAUACUUGACCAGUUUCCCUCCGAUCCGGGAAAAUUCUCAACGUCGUCUCAACGCUCAGUACUCGACGCUCUCGUGAAUGUUAUCGGGAAGAUAGCUCCUCCCUGGGAUGUCGACCAAAGUCUUUUCAAAGAGCAUCUCCGAACUGUGCCACUCGUCACGCAGGCUCUACAAUCCCUGGAAGCAAUGCGGUUCGACGAUGAUUCUGAACCAUACACUCCAGUAAUUCCCGAGCUGAACAACACUCGGAAGAGGCAGAAGACUUCUCGACAGCAAAAACGGGAAUCUGUGCGUGCAACUCAGAAGCAGCUUUCUGAUGCCAAGGCUCUCGAAGCUCUUUAUGUUGAAUUACCCACCUCACAAGAGGGCUGGACACUUCUUUCCAAAGAUUUCUUGGAUUCACAGUGUGACUCUCUUCAGUUCCUGAUCGACAUACUUGGAAUCAAGGGCGUUCAAGCUGUCAUCUUCGAAUUCGUACUGAAAGUUGUCCAAGCACCUGUUGAAGCACUGCCAGUACCUCGGCCUCAGAGGUGUUCUGAGGCCGUUGGUCCAGUACCCGAAAACAAUGCUGAGGAGUUCCAAUCUGAGAAAAUGAGAUAUCCAACAAUCUCUCCCGAUAAAGCGAGGCACUCGUUUGAGUGGCCUGCCGAGUUCGGAGAGUGGAAUAUCUAUAUCUCUUCUACUGCGAUCAAGCAUCUUCGUCAGUUUCGUCGCGCUGACAAGUCCACAUUUAAGAUUAUUCAGGAAAAGAUCAUUCAACUUUCUGAAGGGUUCUUUUCUGGAUCAAAUCAGAAGCGGCUGGAAGGUGCUCCAAAUGAUGUACCCAUUUACGAGGCGAAGAUGACGGGCGAUUUGCGUCUCGUAUACCAAAUCGACAUUGCGGUCGAUUAUGAGGCAAAGGUUGACAAGCAAAUCAUCAGAAUUCAUGGGAUUUAUACUCAUGCCCAAUUUGACCAUCGUCUUUGGAGUCGGGUAGCACAAACUAUUCGAAGGGUCGAUGGAGCUUAUAGAAGCAUGAUCAAUUACCGGGUGCAGCCUCGUCAAGUUGGGGUAGGAGCGAACAACGUAACUCCGCCUCAGGUCUGGCCACAUUCCGACAACAAUUUCAAGUCGACCAUCAUUGGCGCAGAAUCAGCGUCCGCCCUCUCCGAGGACCAAUGCCUAGAAUUACACAAGAUACUGUCUCUCGAAAAGUUUAUUCCCUAUUCGGCGGCAGUCUUAAAUACAAUUCUUCAGGAUAUCGAUGCCGUCCAUCCAUUUUUCGUCUCGCAAGCCGAGAUGAAAAUAAUUCAGCAUCCUUCAUCGUGUUUUGUGAUCGGACGAAGUGGCACUGGCAAAACCACAACUAUGGUGUUCAAACUCCUCCGUUUCGAAGAGGCCCGCAGACAAUCGGGGUUUUUGGGUGGAUCUGGCCAGAUCCGCCAAGUCUUUCUAACACAGUCCCACGUGCUGGCUUCGAAGGUGGAAGAGUACUAUUUGCAGUUAUUGGAGGCUACGCAACUUGGUUCCGCCCUUGUUUCAGGGAUUAGGCGCGUUAAAUUGUCGGAGAAACAUCUAACUGAACUGGACGAAGAGGCUGAUGAUCGACCCGAUCUGCCUGAACGUUUCUCGGAGCUUAAGGAUGAGCAUUUUCCUUUGUUCCUUACUUAUGAUCAGCUGCGACGAAUGCUCGAGACUGAGUAUGACGUCGUGUGGCAUCGCUCUGCUUCUCAUAAGACGAAGGCACCGGCGACGACGCCCCAAGUCACGAAGCAAAAGAAUCUGACGGAUCUCAUCGCCAAUGACACUUGGGAUUCGUCUGACUCCUCACCUGACGCUCGCCGCGGCCACAGUGGCCUUGUUACGUUCGAAGCUUUUAAGGCACAUUAUUGGAGUCACAUGGAUCAAAGACAGAUCAAAGGCCUAGAUCCCGCUCAGGUUCUAAGCGAAAUUAUAGGCGUAAUCUGUGGACAUAAGGACACCAUGAAAACCAAUAGUGGCUAUCUCACUCGGGAAGCGUAUACUGCUCUCAGCCAUCGUUCGCACUCUGCCUUCGCUUCGGAUCGUAGCCGUAUAUAUGAUAUGUUUGAGAGGUAUCACAGGUUGAAGAUCGCCAAUAAUGCGUUUGACACUGCAGACAGGACCCACAAAAUCCUUCGGAAGGUGGAUCCAAAGCUCGCCAAUAUUGAUUUCCUCUACGUCGACGAGGUCCAAGAUUUGCUUACUGUUGAUACGAAACUGCUUCGCGAUUUGUGUCCUAAUCCACGCGGACACUUCUGGGGGGGCGACACCGCCCAGACGAUCUCUGUGGGCAGCAGCUUUCGGUUCGAGGACCUCAAGGAUUUGGUGUACCAGGAGGAGCUAAAUGACCCGCUCGUGAAAAGAGGGGCCCGCCAGGCCGUGAAAUCUGAGGUGUUUGAACUCCUCGUCAACUAUCGGAGUCACGGUGGCAUCGUGGAGUGUGCAGCGUCCAUCAUUGACCUCCUUUCUACAAUGUUUCCGUACUCUAUAGACAAGUUGCAACGAGAAGCCUCUAUUGUUGCAGGUCCAAAGCCAAGGGUGUUCCGUGAGAAAUUAGUACAUUGGGAACAAUUCCUCUGCGGUCCCGGCGAUACACGACUCGAUUUCGGCGCGCGUCAGGUUAUUAUUGUACGGAAUGACGAAGCCCGGGAUGAAGUUCGGGCAGCCCUUGGCGAUGAGGGUCUCGUGCUUACUCUUCUGGAAAGCAAAGGGCUGGAGUUUGAUGAUGUCCUUCUGUACAACUUUUUUGGGUCUUCUCCCGCCUCGCCUGCCCAAUGGAGGGUGAUACAAUCAAAGAACGCAGAUCCCGUCAAGCACCGAGUCAUUGAGUCCGAGCUAAAACGUCUUUACGUGGCGGUCACAAGAGCUCGUCAUCACAUCUGGCUUUGGGAUUCUAGUGACGUUGCUGCACCGAUGCUUAAUCACUGGAUAUCACUGGAUCUUGUCAAGAUACAUGGCCCAUCGGAGCCUUUCCCCCAGUUGGCAACAACAUCGACGGUUGACGAGUGGUAUUCCACUGGGAGAACCCUCUUUUCUCGUUCUUUAUUCGCUCAAGCUGCAUCAUGUUUUGAGAAAGCUCAACGUCCACAUGACAGAGACAUGGCCUUGGCAUAUCAGAGGAGGAAGGAUGCGCGGUCCUUGCAACCCGGUGACCAACGAUUUGUGGCCUUCAAUGCGGCGGGCAGUGCCUUUGAAACAUGCGCUCAACUCCCCUCCGUCGGAGCACUAGCGUUGAGACGCAGGGCGGGAGAAUGUUUUGUUGAGGGAGGCGAUUAUGCUUCUGCUGGCAUCAAUUUUGAGGCAGCAGGGUGUUUCACUGAUGCUGCCCUUAAUUACCACAAAGCUCAACGGCUUGAUGAUGCUGCCAGGCUCGUACGGCCCCCAGACGGGACGCCCUCGCUCGUGAAGGAGCCUAUUUGUGGGAAGAUUCUGGAUAGCGUCAAGCUGCAGUUUUUGCGACUGAGUAAUAUCGAACGGGCCGGCCCAUUAUUCGAUAGUGCUGAUGAAGAAGUCGAGUUUGUGAACGAUUAUUUGCACGAACGUUCUGACCUUGCAGCAGCUAUAUACAAACAGAAGGGGGAGUAUAUAGCUGCGGCAAAGAUACUUUCAAGGGAUGGUCAGCAUAGGGAAGCCGCUGAAUGCUGGGUUUUGUCCGGGCGCCCUGAGGCACAGCAGCAUGCGGCAAACUUCCUGUUGUGGGAACUUUGGAACAUAGCACUCUUUGUUCCCGACGUUUCGUCUCUGAGGGAGUCUGUUGACCUUCUCAGCGCCAUCCCUAGAAGUAGUCUUUCUGAGGCUUGCGCUUCGGAAGUAGACAUGUUCAGGGCCAUCAUAAUGAAGGACCAGACGAGCUUAUUCAAUAUCGGCCGCGAUUUCAAGGGGAAAAAUCCCGUCGCGUUGAUAUUGUCGUUCAGUGAAGCCUUGCGGUAUCCAUUUGAUCUGAAAAGCACCAGCUUGACUGAUCUGAGUUUCAGGCUAUCUGUAGUUGACGCCUACUGCCAACAUCUUAUGGUUUUGUUGCGUCGAGACAGACUAUGUGAUUUUCCUGAUGCUGCGAAGCUAUUUGGUUUCCAUCAAUCGGUAGACGUGAAUGGCAGGGUUCUUCAGGACGUGUUUCGUGUCGCUCCUGGCUCUCAUACAAGCCGAAUGUUGGCGGGGGAUCGGGCGAAAGGGCUGAACGCCGUGCCAUCAAUUUCUAAAAACGACGCAAGAAAUGUUCGAGGGGACGCUCUUAACAAUCUGCUGAGAUGGGAUCUUGAAGAAGUAAUCUGGGAACUACUUUGUAGACUUCAUUUCGAUCUAACCGAGGCUGUCCUCCUCAAACCUUGCCUUGAGUUCAAGGUAUUACGGGAGUGCAAGAAAACUGCGUGCACUCGACUUCACGAAACGGCGCCUAACCUCGACAUGUAUUUUCGGGUGCAUAUGCAAAUUGUGGUAGCGCUAGAAAAUCUCUGGUACAUUCCCCACCGUAAUCCCGGCCUGCGGAGGGAUGUUCAAAGGAUUUGGGUCGAAAGGAUAUAUUCGGUGUUGUUCCCACUGGCUCGAAUGUGUGGAGACUCUAAUUUGGUCCGCGCGUUCCCUGAGGCCCACCGAGCUCUUCCCCUUGUUCGAAAUUGGAUCGAACAAAGGGCCCGAGAUCUUUCUCCUAGCCACCAUACUGCUCAAGCUAGGUUCACUACUGAUGCUGUCAUGCUUGUCAUGAUGGGUCAUGUUUUCCAUGGACGGCAGUUGCCGGCGUACUUUUGGCAUGACUUGCCGAUGUUCCACUCCACUCAAUGGCUCUUCAAUCCCUUGUCUCGAAGUUCAUACGUGAAUGACAUGACAUAUUUGUUCGUAACUCAGGCUCAGGUCCCCAUCGCGCAGGGCGCAAGUUUCUUUGGAUGGGCAGCGGAAACGUGUCCGUCCAUCGACCUUAAUGUCCUUGUCCACUACCUGGAGCAACUUUCGCUGCGCAUGAUAUUCGAAUUUAGACGGGCCCGACAAGACUCCUAUCACAAUCUGCUACUCCCCCGUUCCUGGGCCAUCAUGAUGACAGGCAUGACCGCGCAGGGUCCCAAUAAUUUUGUUAACAUUCAUCAACUCCUAAGCCCUGUUAUGAAUCUGCUACAGACUGUCAACAAUUGGAAUGGAUACGGCAAGUCUCAUUUCACGAGUUCCGGAAAACCCAUAUUCUUAAUUAUGUUGCUUCGUAUAGGAUCGUUCACAUUUCAAGGACGCCAAUUUCCAACUUCAUGGGCAUUGAGACAAGAAAUUCUGGCCAGGAUCUGCCGUGCUGUAGUGCUUGUUGGAUUCAACCGCCCCACGUCAGCCCAUCAGUGGCCGGGAUGGAUUUUCAAUGCAAUAACGAAGAGCUUUGACCCUGAAAGGUCUCAUGGCAAUCUAUACUCAAGGGCGAAAGAGUGGUGGGACUUAGUGAAGGCCCUGGCUUUCUACGGGACCCAGGACAAUCUAGUUCUACUUUACAGGAAGAGCUUCAAAGCUACCACAGCACUUGCGGCGAUUCCACGCCUAGAGUUCACCGAUCUUGAUGAUCUCAAAUCGAGACUCACCGAGAGGUUCCGUGAGAGCCCUGUGACCGUAACUACGGUUGAUGCACUGCCUGCAACAAUAGCGGAGCAAAAUGAGGACGUAGCGGAUGAAGCACCACCCGGAACUGAAGAACUUCUCGAAGCCGAAGAGCCUUUCACCCAGCCCAUUGUCCCUGGUGAUCCUGAAGUCAUCAAAGCCACACGAACUGAUGAUGGGCUCGAACAUGUUGUAACAUUGAUCCAACACUGCUACCGACGGUACCGGGCUCGCCGGAGACUGAUCGAAUCUUACGAGCUUCACAAAAUAUUCGAUGAGUGCGCCAAGGAUGCGCAACAGCUAGUGUUUGAAUGCAGUAAAGAGCGGAAGCAUCGCUACUACUACACUUCGCUCGUUCAGGGUCCACUUCCUCAUGUUUUAUUGGUGCUAUCAAGAAUGCUGGUCCUUGUUCGGAGUGCGAAGGACGCAGCCACUCUCAGGCUUGAUAAGGCUAAAUCUGGGGCUGAUAUAGAUCGCGGUAUGGAGAGGGUCCGAGUGCUCAGGGACGCGUACAAGGCAAUCCUCGAACUCCAAGAGUCGAUUGGUCCGGGCAGUAAAACAUUCCGGUCAGGAGAUUCCGCAGAGUUAAAGAAACAUGUGGAGGCUGCGAAGGGGGCUCUCGAGGCGUCCAAGUCUUACCUGAAAACCUCCGAUAUUGAGGAACUGGAGAAGGAUAUGGCUAUCGGAAUUAAGGGAAUUAUCACCCCACCUUCACCACCGAAGAGGAAGGACGAGAAGCCCUCGCUAAACACGGAGGAUAUCUAA